AUGGCAGCGUUGUCGUUCUGGUCUGGGAAGGCAUUGAUCGUCAUCCUCGUGCUUCUCUCCUCCGUGGGCUCUCUCUCAGUGACCGGCGUUGACUACGAGGUUGGGGACGACGAGGGAUGGAAGGUUCCAUCGUCGGGCGACCCCCAGUUCUACAACCAGUGGGCUUCCAAGAACAGGUUCCGGGUCGGCGACGCCGUCGGUGAGUUCUCCCCGGAGUUUUCUUCUCCAGCCAUCUGUGUUCUCUCUUCUCUUAUCUUCUCUGUUCGAUCGGUCGUCUGUGGCUCCAGUUUUCAAGUACAGGAAGGACUCGGUGAUGGUGGUGACGGAGGAGGACUACGGCAACUGCAACUCCUCCCAUCCGAUCCUGUUCGAUAACGGAGGGAGAACAGAAGUGGAUCUGGAUCGCUCAGGGCCCUUCUUCUUCAUCAGCGGCAUCGUGGGUCACUGCCAGAUGGGCCAGAAGAUGAUCGUCAAGGUGCUGAGCAGCUCGGAGGAGCCGGGGGGCUCGCCGGCGCCGGCGAACCAGACGGGACCCGCCGCCGCUCCCACCGCCCCAGACGGCAGUGCGGCCGCCCCGGCCACUGUGGUCUCCUCCCUCCUCUGGGUCCUGCUUCUCUCUGUGCCUCUUUUCUCCUCAGUUUAG